UCAAGGCCAGGAAGCUACAGGGAGUUUCUGAUUAAGUACACACAAACAAAGGCCAGGUCCUCACUGCUUGGCGAUGUGUCUGGGGCAGCGCUUCUACCACUGUAGACGGGGUAAGGGGUCCUCCCAAGCACACGUCAAUGACCUCAAUGACUGACACCCACCCAGGAGGGAAGAGCCGGAGCCAGGUGACUUCGUGCCUUCCCACAGCGGCCCUGCUGCCCUGGCAGCCUCUGCCCUGUCCUGGUGCCCUGACUGACCAGCCACAAGGACAGAGAGUGAGUCCUGCUCAGCCCUUGGGGGUCCAGUCUGCUCGGCCAAGGAGCCCCGUGGAGCCAGGGGUGGACCAGUGCCCAGCGUGCCCAGAGAAGGCCCCAGCCAGACCAUGGCAGGUGUCUGUGACAGGGCCCCCACCUUCCUCUCCCCGUCCGGAAACCAGGUCCUGGGGCCUGCCCUCGGCAGUGUAGUUGCUCUGAACUGCACAGCCUGGGUGGUCUCUGGGCCCCACUGUCCCCUGCCCUCUGUGCAGUGGCUGAAAGAUGGGCAGCUGCUGGCCAAUGGAAGCCACUACAACCACCAUGAGGACUCCUGGGUCAAGGCCAAUUUGUCAGAGGUGUUUGUGUCCAGUAUCAUGGAGGUCAACCUGACCAGUGCUGAGAACUUCGGGGCUUUCACUUGCUCCGUCCAGAACGUCAGCUCUUUCUCCUUCACUCUUUGGAGAGCUGGCCCGGCGGGCCACGUGGCCGCAGUGCUGGCUUCACUCCUAGUCCUGCUGGCCCUGCUUCUCGCGGCGCUGCUCUACGUUAAGUGUCGACUCAAUGUGCUGCUCUGGUACCAAGACGUGUACGGGGACGUGGAGAUGAACGGUUGGGGGGACCCAGCCGCUCCCCCGCUGACGGUGCCGCCCCGUAGGGAGGGCCUGUGCCGGCUGCUGGAACUCACACGCAGACCCAUUUUCAUCACCUUCGAGGGCCAGAGGCGCGACUCCGUGCACCCAGCGCUCCGCCUGCUGCGCCAGCACCGCCACCUGGUGACGCUGCUGCUUUGGAGGCCCGGCUCUGUGACGCCUUCCUCCGACUUUUGGAAGGAGCUCCAGCUGGCGCUGCCACGGAAGAUGCAGUACAGGGCGAUGGAGGGCGACCCCCAGACGCGGCUGCAGGAUGACAAGGACCCCAUGCUGAUUGUGCGGGGCCAUGCCCCAGAGGGUCGGGCCCUGGACCCGGAGCUGGAUCCUGACCCCGAGGGGGACCUGGGUGUCCGAGGGCCCAUCUUUGGGGAGCCAUCAGCACCACCGCAUGCAAGUGGGGUCUCACUUGGAGGGGGCCGGGGCAGCGAGGUGGACAUCUCGGACCUUGGGUCCCGCAACUAUGGUGCCCGCACGGACUUCUACUGCCUGGUGUCUGAGGAUGAUGUGUAGCCCCCAUCACCUGCCCAAGCAGCAGGGUCACCAGGGAUGUGGGGUAGGGUUGCAGGGGAGGCCCUGAGACACUGGGGAAAGUGAGUGCAGUAGCGCCCCUCCCUGUGCCAGAAAAUAAAGUCAUUUUGGAUCCUG